CGCCCAAAGGAAAAACCAACUGAGCUCCUUGGAGGGCUCCGCGAGGCUUGGGAAGUUCGGAGGGGCCGAAGGGUGGAUGCUCCGGGCUGCCCCUCUCGCGCGGGCGCCGUCUCCGCCGAUGCGCCGCGUCCUCCGCGCCCCGUGAGCCCCGCGAGCCCUUCGCCUGCCCGGUGGAAGAGGUCCCGGGGGGCGCAGGUGGUGGCUGCCGAGACGAUGAAGGAGGAAAGCAUGUGCCUGGACUCCCCCGAAGGCAGCCUGGUCACCAGCGAGGAGGAAGGCGAGCGGCUGCACAAGAAAUGCCUGCGCAAGCGAGGCCAGGCGGGCAAGCCGGCGGAGGACGGCGGAGCCCCCUCGCUGCAGGGCAAGCGGAGCAAGCGCAGCCCCGUCCCGCAGUCCUUCGAGGACGUGCACACCCAGCGGGUGAUCGCCAACGUGCGGGAGCGCCAGCGGACCCAGUCGCUCAACGACGCCUUCGCGGAGCUGCGGAAGAUCAUCCCCACGCUGCCCUCCGACAAGCUGAGCAAGAUCCAGACCCUCAAGUUGGCCGCGCGCUACAUAGACUUCUUGUACCAGGUGCUGCAGAGCGAUGAGCUGGACCACAAGAUCACCAGCUGCAACUACCUGGCCCACGAGAGGCUCAGCUACGCCUUCUCCGUCUGGAGGAUGGAAGGGGCUUGGUCCAUGUCCGCGUCCCACUGAGCCGGGCACUCGGCUGAGUCCGGCACACACUCCUUAGGUGCCAUUUUUUGCUCCUGGUUGGCCUUAAGGAGUCUCAGCUCAGUGCUGGGGAAUCGGCAGAGCCGUGCCCAAAGCUGUGGCUGCAUCACGGCCGUGAAGGUGGGGAGGGCUGGAGAAGGGGUUCAAAAUUCUCCUCUCCAUCCCAGCCUCACAUUUUGAAAGAGCAGACGGAGAGGGGAAGGGAAGGAGCUGGCUUUGCUGAGACAAAAUAAAUCACAUCACGAGCCUGGGAAGUGGCCCCAGCGAUGCCCAGGUGGUCGGGGACCUUCUGCUGUGUGCGGUGUCCCUCGGUGAGCACCGCUGACCCUGGGCUUUGCCAUUUAACAGCCCUGAAUUUCAGGCCAGCUCCACGGACAUGGGUGCAAGCAGCGGCUGAAGAUGGAGACCGUCUCCCAGCAGGAAUUCAUUUCGGGAUGAGCCACUUUGAAACUUUUGUCUUCCUGGAAACCUCGCCAAGAGCUCGCUGGGGACAACCAGGAUGAAAACAGCCCGAGCAGAGCAAGCCCGUGCCCCCCUCACCACCACAACUCUGCAGCCCUGGGCGUUUUGGGGGCCUGUGCAUGGUCCCAAAAGACGAGGCUCUGCGGACACCACCGCUGGGUGCCAGAGCCAGAUAGAAACACAACCAGAGCGUGGCUUUCGCCAUGGGUGCCUGCAAGUUUCCACACCACGCUGAUGAAGUCCAUGCCGAAGAGCUGUGCGCUUUGUCACUGCCCAGCUGAAGGCGGUUUUGCCUUGGGGCAAAAUCCAGAGCUUUUGAGUAAGGGUCCCCUCCCUGCCUCCCCCAGACUCGGGGCUGGUUCCCACUGGGUGCUACCGGUGCCCGGCUGGGCUGAUGGGCAGCUCCAGCUCUGCUCAUUCACUUGCAGACCCCUUUAUUUAUGCAGAGUGCGUGGCAGGAGUUUUGUUCCCAUGAUAAACGGAGGAAUUAAAGACAUUUAGAGCUCCUAAAGACCUCCCUUCUAAAUGAAAAACCUCCCUGCAAAAUCCCUCGUGCCCUGCAAGCGUGGUGCUCGCCGUGUGUUAUCGCUGCUGGUUAAUAUUCAUCCCUAGAGGCUCCGGAGCUUGCCUGGAGGCAAAGCAUCCUUCGGCUGAAUAGAUAAUAAUCUGGUUUGUGCCAACCUGCAGCGGUAUUCGGGUGCCAAUUAGCAGCUCCCGCUUUGGGCUGGGGAAGUACCGGGAGGAGGAUUUGCUAAGCAAAGAACAAAAAAAGGGGGGAACCGCCACGGGGGGAAGCGACGGCGGAGCUGGAAAGGCUGCGUCCCUCUCCCGUAAGUGAAUUAAGCCAGCGCUUGCAAUGGGGCUGUAAUUUUAUAAUGUAAAGCAGCUAAUGGCUGCUGUGAGCGCCGGCGUACUGGUCUCCACUGGAACUCAGCCUAUUAAAUAUCAAAGGCCGCUGGAGGAGCUGGAUGUGGAUAUGCCCUUGUUAACCAGGAGACAUCAUCUGGGGAAAGAGGGAUGGAGCCCUCAGGCAAGAAAAAAAAAAAAAUCAUGUUUGAAGUCCCCCAAGCUCACGGCUUUCAGCACAGUCUUGAGCACAUUAAAAUGGUUUCUUUUCCUGCUGGAGGAGAAAAUGAGGCUAGAAGCAGAAACUGCUGGGGGGGAAAGACUGGCGGAGUUGUAAGGGGUGAUAUUCUUUGCCCUUCAUUUGUCUCCCUGGAUUUAUUGUCUUUCUCGCGUUGCCCUCACUUAAUUGUCUGUCCUGAAAGACCUUGGAUAAAUCUUCCCUUUGGGGACUGUUGCUCUUGCUUGGA